CCAAGUAAAUAAAAUCCGCAUAAUGGUCACGUGCUUAUUCCCCUCUCUGCUCUGAUCGCGUUGAGAUAACGAAUCUACAGCUCUUCAAUCGCCCCUAUUUCUACACACCCAGAUCGGAAACCGAAUUCCCAAUUCCCGAUGACUUGAUUCGGUAAAUUCUGGCGCGAAAUUGGAAACUAGGGUUUGUGCCGAUGAAAUUGGGGCUAAUUUGCGGGUAAGUGCGAAAUGGUCGGGGUUUGCGGUGGAUUGGAUGAGAAUUGGGACUAAUUCGGACGUGGGUUAGCGGAUUGGAUGGGACUGGACUAAAAAGGAACAAUGGCGACGCAAGUGGAGCCUCCGAACGGGAUCGGGUCGAAAGGGAAGCAUUACUACUCGAUGUGGCAGACGCUGUUUGAGAUCGACACCAAGUACGUGCCGAUCAAGCCGAUCGGGCGGGGAGCGUACGGCAUCGUUUGCUCGUCGGUGAACAGGGAGACGAACGAGAAGGUGGCGAUCAAGAAGAUCAACAAUGCGUUCGAGAACCGAAUCGACGCACUGCGGACGCUGCGGGAGCUGAAGCUGCUGCAGCACCUCCGGCACGAGAAUGUGAUUGCUUUGAAGGAUGUGAUGAUGCCGAUUCAGAGGAAGAGCUUUAAAGAUGUUUACUUGGUGUAUGAGCUCAUGGAUACGGAUCUCCACCAGAUUAUUAAGUCUUCGCAACCGCUUUCGAAUGAUCACUGCCAGUAUUUCCUCUUUCAGCUGCUUCGAGGCCUAAAGUAUCUUCAUUCUGCAAACAUUCUCCAUCGUGAUUUGAAGCCUGGGAACCUUCUUGUCAAUGCCAACUGUGACUUAAAAAUAUGUGAUUUUGGGCUAGCUCGUACCAGCACAGGAAAGGGGCAGUUUAUGACUGAGUAUGUUGUCACUCGUUGGUACCGUGCCCCUGAGCUCCUGCUCUGCUGUGACAACUAUGGAACGUCGAUUGAUGUGUGGUCUGUUGGGUGCAUCUUUGCUGAGCUUCUUGGCCGGAAACCUAUCUUCCCUGGUACAGAAUGCCUCAACCAGCUCAAACUCAUAAUUAACAUCCUUGGAAGCCAGAGGGAGGAGGAUCUCCAAUUUAUAGACAAUCUGAAGGCGAAGAAAUACAUAAAAUCGUUGCCAUAUUCUAUGGGGACCCCCUUUACCCGCCUUUACCCUGAUGCUCAUCCUCUGGCAAUUGAUCUACUGCAAAAGAUGCUUGUUUUUGAUCCAUCAAAGAGGAUUAGCGUCGCUGAAGCACUCCAACACCCCUACAUGUCCCCAUUGUAUGAUCCCAAUAAUAACCCUCCAGCCGAGGUACCUAUUGAUCUUGACAUAGACGAGGAUUUAGGAGAAGAGACGAUAAGGGAGAUGAUGUGGAGGGAAAUGCUUCUUUACCAUCCCGAAGCUGCUACAGGCAAUGCCGCAGUGUUUUCUUGAUCAUCUUCCUUCUAGCUUCUUCUAUGUAGACUUUGAAAUGCGUCUCCAUUCCAAUAAUCUUGAUGCAGCAUGCGUCAGCAGGUCUCUCUCGCCUUCAAUAACUUCGUUAAUUAUAAGUUAUGAUCAGCUAUGAGCCUGAGAUUGGUGGCGUUUUAAGUUUGUAUAUAUGUGUGUCUUUGUACGUCUAUGGAGUCUGGAACUGGUUUCCUUUUGUAGUUAAUGAAGAUACUAUUUUAUGUCCACGUAA